UCCAGCGCGCGUCACUGUUGAGCCCCGGAUGCUCGUGCGCACCGGAAGUGAGGUUUCUCCGCGAUCGUCGUGUUGUGGUUAUCAACAUUAUUUUUGUUGAUAAUUUGAAAUAGUUUCUCUGAAUGUAAUAGCGCAUUUAUACUUGCGGAGGAGAAAGCCGAAACUUCCUCAUCAGCUGCUGCGUGUCCUCAGAGAGAGAGAGAGAGAGAAACAGAGUAAUUAAAUAGAGUAAUAUUAGAGAAUAAGCUGAUUAAUUAUUGUCGAAAUGAGUUUAGCGAGCAGCAGAGAGCAGCGCAGCACCGCGGGGAACCGCAUGACCACACUACUGGACCAGGAAGAAGAAGACGAGUUUUACAAGACCACCUAUGGAGGAUUCAAUGACGUGAGAAUUAAUAUAUAUACACACACACACACACACACGCAAAACUACGAGCGUUUAGAGGCCGAUAAGAAGAAGCAUGUUCAUAAGAAGAGACGUUUUGAAGGGCCGAGCAUCCGCUAUCAUUCAGUGCUGACGCUGCUGGUCCCAGACAGGUUGGACCAGGACACGCCCCAAGCCACGCCCACCUCCUCAUCCUCCGCUCAGGGGGCGGGGUCUCUGUGCUCUCGCACUUACAUCACCUUCAGUGACGAUGAGGCGUUUAGCUCCGCCUUCCCGGCAUUGUCUCGCUCUAGCCCCGCCCAGCCUGUUCAGGAGGUGUGUCCCGUUACCCAUAAACCCGCGCUGUAUCGCGACCCCGUGACGGACAUCCCUUACGCCAACGCCCGAGCCUUCCGCAUCAUCCGCGAGGCUUACCAGAAAUACAUCGCGGCACACGGUUUUCCCAACGCUUCCGGAAACUUCAGCGGAAACCGUGACGUCAGCGAUUCGCCGGCAGCGACCGCCAAGAGCACACGACCGAAAGCCAUCGUCAAACAGACCAUAGUCUCCACCUGAACGCGUGCCAAUGACUCUUUUGAGUGUUUCAAUCCACAGCACUCAGCUCUGACUGUGUUUGAGGACUUGUUUGUUGUUGUUGUUGCUAAUUUUAGAUAAAGUUGUGAUCCAAAACUGUCAGAAUGAGCACUUUACAAUAAGGUUUCAUUUGUCAGCAUUAAAUGAAGAACACUUGUAUCUGCA